ACGGGAACAGGGCGGAGUCAGGGAGAGAGUUGUAAACAUGAGUUGUUCGUGUAGCAGAUAGUUACAACAGUUUAUGACAGUUUUUCCACAGCAGGUCUUCAACAUUAUAACAACUCGUAGCUAAGAGCCUCUGUGAUAAACAUGGAAGAAGUGACAGGAGCUCAGCUGAUUGCAGAGUCUUUAAAGUCUCAGCAAGUGGAGUACAUGUUCGGGAUAGUUGGUGUUCCUAUCAUUGAGGUGGCCAUGGCUGCUCAGGCUGCAGGGAUCAGAUAUGUGGGAAUGCGCAACGAACAAGCGGCAUGUUAUGCUGCCUCUGCUGUUGGAUACCUGACUGGGAGACCAGGUGCCUGCCUGGUGGUGUCUGGACCUGGACUCAUUCAUGCGCUAGGUGGAAUGGCUAACGCUAACGUGAACUGCUGGCCGGUGGUUGUUAUUGGAGGCUCCUCAGAUCAAAAUCAGGAAACAGCAGGAGCCUUUCAGGAGUUCCCUCAGGUGGAGGCAUGUCGCCUUUAUAGCAAGUUCUCUGCUAGACCCAGCAGCCUGGAGGCCAUCCCUUCAGUGGUAGAGAAGGCAGUUCGCACAAGCAUGUAUGGGCGUCCAGGUGCUUGCUAUGUGGACAUUGCAGGGGACAUGGUCAAUGCAAAAGUGGACAGGAGCAAAGUCAGACUUGUGUCCUGCUGUCCUACUCCACCAGUGAGUGUGGCUGACCAAGGUGCAAUCACUGAAGCAAUCUCCGUCUUGAAAGAAGCUAAAAGACCCUUAGUCAUCGUCGGCAAAGGAGCAGCCUAUGGCCGAGCAGAAACCGCUCUGAGGGAGUUUGUUGAAAUGAGCGGCCUGCCAUUUCUGCCCACCCCCAUGGGGAAAGGGGUCCUUCCUGAUGAUCACCCCAACUGUGUGGCUGCUGCCCGCUCCAGAGCCCUCCUCCAGGCUGAUGUUGUGCUUCUGCUCGGAGCCAGACUGAAUUGGAUGCUGCAUUUUGGUCUGCCACCUAGAUUUCACCCUGAUGUCAAGAUCAUCCAGGUUGACCUCUGUGCUGAGGAGAUGGGGAACAAUGUGAGGCCUGCUGUUGCUCUCCUGGGAGACAUCAAUGCUAUUGUCACUCAGCUACUGGAGUGUGUCCAUAGAGAUGGCUGGAAAUACUCGUCUGAUACAGAGUGGUGGAGCGCACUGAAAGACAAAAUUGCUGCUAAUGCAAAAAUAUCAAAGGCACUUGCUCUUCAGUCAACAGUACCCAUGAACUACUACACAGUGUUUCAUCAUGUUUCCCAGCUGCUGCCACAUGACUGUAUAAUUGUCAGUGAGGGUGCAAACACUAUGGACAUAGGACGCACAAUGUUGAACAACUACCUACCUCGACACAGGUUGGAUGCAGGUACAUUUGGAACAAUGGGCGUUGGCCUUGGUUUUGCUAUAGCAGCCGCCACUGUGGAGAAGAGCAAGAAUAGUAAAGGACAAAGGAUAGUCUGCGUGGAGGGGGAUAGUGCCUUUGGAUUUUCUGGCAUGGAGGUUGAAACCAUGUGCAGAUAUAAUCUACCUGUGGUCAUCAUUGUGGUCAAUAACAAUGGUAUUUACAGCGGAGUGGAUCCCGAGACCUGGAAAGAAAUGGCAAAAAUGGGAGAUCUGACCUCUAUAGCCCCACCUGUGACCCUCCUACCUGAAGCACGCUAUGAUGAGGUCAUGACAGCGUUUGGAGGUCGAGGGUUCCUGGUGAGGACGGUGGAGGAGCUGCGCAGUGCUUUACAGAUGAGCUUAGAUGACUGGGAGAGACCAAGUCUCCUAAAUGUGCUCAUCGACCCCUCCUCUGACAGAAAACAGCAGGACUUCCCUUGGCUCACACGCUCCAACUUAUAGACCAAAAAGAGGGAUCUUCCUGCUCCGUCCUCGACAUUAUCAGAACAGAAGUGACUGUUUUUCCGCAGGGAACUGGGAAAACUAGGAAAAUAUAAAGCUGCUUUUGUAACUUUUUUUGUAAUUGUUUCCAUGAAAUAACUGAUUUUUUUUCUUAUUAUUGAUUAGUAGUAUUAACAGUAUUAGUAUUAACAAUUAACAAAAGGUUAAAGGAGCAGUUUGUAGGAUGUGGCCAGAAUUUUAGUUCAAAACAUUUAAAAAAACUUAGAUUGACAACACGUACUGUAUUCAAGAUUCUCUUUUACCGAACUAAGAUAAGCAUAAUUGCCUCGUUAGCUCAUUGUAAAACACGCUUCAUUCAAACUCAACAUAAAUGACACUCACCACACCAGCCUUGGCUUGUUGUUCCACAGUCACCUCUGGUUUUGGUCGAGUAACAUGUGAAAAGAUUCCAGCUCCACGCGCCAUUUUCACCUGCCGCUGAUGUUUCGAAUCUCUGUCGAUUCCCUCUUGCUGCACAGCUCUGUUGUCCCCGUCUGCAAUGACUUGUCGUGACCAAAGUCAUAGUGUUGUUCAGAGCUGCACUUUCCUGUAACUGCUCAGCUAACUGAGCCAUAAGCUAAUUAGCUAACUGUAGCUAGCCCCAGCCAAUGACAGCGAGCUCAGAGCAGCAGCUGUCAGUUACUUUGAUGAUGUGCUGCCUACUGUUGUUUCUGGAGCUACCUUUUAAAUUCUGGUCAUGUUCUAGAAAUGACUCCUUUUAAUUGAACAUUUUUCUAUACAAUGAACAUUAUUUGCCUUUAUUUGUUCGUGUCAGAUCAGCGUUGUUGUUUUUUAUAAUUCACAUGAUAAAUCUCAUAGGUAAUUGUGAUGAACGUAACACAGUAUAUGGUUAAAUAAACUAUGUAAAUGCUUGGAAAGUUAAAAUGUCAUUUUUAUAAUUUUAUGUGCUAAAAAACGGUCCUGUCCAGAUUUUUACAAUCGCAUAUGUGCAUUGAUACAUUUACACCCUCCUUUAUAUUAGUAAGUUAUUAGUAAUACAUUGGGAACACCUUGAAACAAGGUGAAAAUCUUAUGUAAUAUCUAGAUAUAUAUUUUUUUUAAU